AUGGCAAACAAAGCUAAUUUAAUUCAACAAAUUGAACAUACUUUAGCAUUUUUAGAGGGCGUCCUACCUCUGGCAAAUGUGCAUAUGGUGGAUUAUUUUAAUAAAAAUGUGUUUUUGGAUAGCACCUACAUUUCAGAAGACAUCAGACAAGAAUGCUUAAGUAAUGGCAUUAAAAAUACCAUAAACACAAUAUUUGAGCAAAAAACCAACCACAUGCAGCACUUACAUCAAUUUAUUUCGAAAAGCAGAGCAUUGACAUUAAAAAAUACCUUGCUAUGUUUGUCUUUAAAUGAAUUUACUGACAAACUUAAGCUCCUCGGGUCUGAUGACAUCUCAAAUAUUAAACUGGAUAUAUUUAUGAGCUCCAAGAAGUCUCAUGAGGUUGAAAUUUUAAGUGGAGUAGCUGCAGCAAUUCAAAAUGUCUCUAAAACCACACACCUCAUAGAUAUUGGGGAUGGAAAAGGUUAUUUGAGUUCAAUGCUUGCUCUAAACUAUAAAAUUCCCAUUUUAGGAAUAGAUGCUUCUCAAGUGAAUACCGAUGGGGCUGUCAACAGGGCUAACAAGCUCUCAAAGGUUUGGAAUGGGGUUGUUACCAAUACAAAAUCAAGGGAAACCAGUAUAGAUUUGUACAAGCAAAUCACCAAGUAUGUGGAUCUAGAUGUUAACUUGUCUCAGCUGGUAUCCAAUAUAUUUUUAGAAAAACCUUUGGGACCAAUAAGUUUGGGUUUAGUGGGACUCCACACUUGCGGUAACUUAGCACCCACUUGUCUCAAACUUUUUUCCCAAAAAAGUGACAUUAAAACAAUUUGUAAUGUGGGUUGUUGCUAUCAUCAUUUAACCGAGUACCCUAAAAACAGAAAUUCUGGUCAAGAUUUGAACAUUGGGUUUCCUUUAAGUCAAUUUUUGACAAAUAAACAGUGUCAUAUUGGAAGGGGAGCUAGAAUGAUAGCAGCGCAGUCAGUAGAGAGAAUUUUAAGCAAAAAAGAGAGACCUAGUAAAACAAUUUUCUACAGAUCAUUGCUGGAAGUUCUAAUUAACCAGAAGGCCAAAAAUUGCAAAAAUAGGGAAGUGGGGAGGUUCAGAAAACCUUGUGAAAACUUUGUUGAAUAUGUGAGAAAAGCCUCUGCAAGGAUAAACCUUGAUUUAGGAAUGACUGAUGAGCAAAUUAAUGCAUUUUAUAUAAAGUAUCAACAUAGGAUGGAUGAAAUGGACUUGUUUUACUUGUUAAGGGCUUUAGUGGCACCCGUUGUAGAAACCUUAAUACUCUUAGACAGACUUCUAUUUCUUGUUGAACAAGGUUUUGAAAAAUCUUUUGUUGUAUAUUUGUUUGAUGCCGCUAUUUCUCCUAGAUGUUAUGGAAUUGUUGCAAUAAAAAGUUAGCAUUUCA